AAAACAUGAUGACGUGACAAUCAACAGAUCAUUUUUUUGAUCAUGAACAGGUAAUUUUGUGUAGAAAAUUAACUUCAGACUUCACAAGAAGUUACCAAACAUAACAACAAAAUCAUCAAUAAAAACGGAGUAAAUAAACUUGCAAACAGUGAAACCAUUCAAACUUGUUAAUUAUUCAAGUCCGGCACAUAGUGGGAACAUCAGCUUCGAAAAGUUAAGUAAAAUGUACUUAUUUUAUUUACCUGUGAAAUUUACUCAAAUUAGCGAAUUAACACGACAAGGUUUUCCACUUUAGGACUGAUAAGUAAUGCAUUUCGCAUUGUAAAGAUAACAAACAAUCAUAAAUAAUAUUUACUUAAAAAGCUAGGGCAUUACUUUUUACAUGUUGGAUUUGAGUACAAAUUUUGAAUUUACUUAAUAUUUUGUAGUUAACGUAGUUCACGCUUUAACUUAUUCAAUGUAGAAAGUAAUUAAUUUUGUCUGCUUUAUUUACUUCACCACUAAAUCACUUUUUUCAGUGUAUAGGCAGCGUUCUGAUGGGCUGAAUAAGAGACUUGUUGCCUCAGUAGCCAACCAGAUACAUCAAUUAAUAAAUACAUUUUCUAUGCAAACACAAGCAGUAACACUGGAAAUAUAAAGAUCAGGUUUAAAAAUCAUUUAAAGACCUUUCUGGAAUGCCGAAGAUGUAAACUUCAAGCUGUGAACAAUUAAAGACAUGGUAUCACACUCUGCAGAGCUGAAAUUGAGCAUAGUCUAUUUAUAGUCCACUCUUGAAGUCUAAGAUGGGUAUUUUUAAAAUAUGGCCUUGCUUGUCUCUUGAUCAUAUGUUGAAAUCACUCCUGCCAGUUAGCCAAGACAUAAUUGAAGAUUUACUUAAGUUCCAGCAAGUUUAUGUUUUAGCUGUUGCAUUCAAUUUUCUAAUUCUGUAUUCAGAUUCAGAUGAAGAAGAAUUGUGAGGGGCCUUUAUUUACACUAGGAUAGGGUCAGUGGCCUACAUUAGCACAUUACUUAAAGAAUGGUCCAGGCUCAUAAGUUAAGCUGCAUUAUUACCACAAAAAGGCACUUACAAUGGAAGUGAAUGGGGCCAGUACAUAAACGUAAUAAUACACACCUUUUCAAAUGUAUGGGCACAACACUAUAUACAAUGCAUGUUAACAUGAUUUUAGUGAGAUAAAAAAAUAAAGGAUUUACUGGCGUGAUGCCAUUUAACAUGUGGGACAUUGUUGGAUUUACUGAUGUUAUGUCGUCAAGACAGUUGUAAUGUUGUAGUAUACUGUAUUACACAGAUAAGGAUAAUAAGCGAUUUUACACUAAAAUCAUGUUAAAACAUAUAAUGUUUAUGUCUUGUUGCCAUACUUCUGAAAGAUAGUGUAUUUUAAUGUUUAUGGACUGGCCCCAUUCACAUUGUAAGUGCCUUACUGUAAUCGCAAUUUUUUUUAAAUUUCUUUUUUUUUUUUUUUAAAUGAACAAGUUGUCGAUUGAGCUUAUCUUCUAAUGAACCCGGGACAUUGCUUUAAGUAGAGAAUAGAAUGGUUUAAGCAAAUCCUUGAAACCUUGUUUUUUGUCAUUUUAAGCAAUAGUUUUUUAAUAAGUGUUAUUUGUUUUCCCUUAUUAGAUGUGGAAAAAUGUCUAAAUCAAACUCUUAAUUGAAUGACUUUAUAAUUUGUCUUUUUUGCCUCUCUUCAUGCUCCUUUGUUGCAGCAUAAUGAAAAGAUCUCUUCCCCCUCUCCAUCACCUGCAUGGCCACUAGAUGGACCUCAUUCAUUAUAAACCAUAGCUUUUAGUAGUUAAACUAUAAACUCUCCUCACAAACAGUUAAUAACAGUUUUUAAGCUCUGUCCCAUUGUGUGCUCAAGUUUGCCAUAGACCAGGAUGGCUGUCCGUCUUCUCCGAUACAUGGCACCGCUUGCUUCCACAGCCCUGCUCCAAUGCAGGCGCUCCCCUAAGACCGCAGGGCCACUCCUAACUCUGAGUCCACCCACUGCGCUAGGAACAUGCUGGAGCAAGAAGACAUGGCCCAAAACCUUCCCAGAGGAGGAGCUGAGGAAGCAAUUGACCCCCAUGCAGUACCAUGUUACUCAGGAGAAAGGUACAGAGAGUGCUUUCACAGGAAAAUAUACUGAUAACAAAGAAGAUGGAACAUACCAUUGUGUCGUUUGCGGCACCCCUCUUUUCACGUCCGAUAAGAAGUUUGACUCUGGAUCAGGAUGGCCUUCCUUUUUCGAUUUGAUCAAUAAGGACUCUAUCACACUAACAGAUGACUUUUCGUACGGCAUGCACAGAGUGGAGACAACGUGCAGUCAGUGUGGCGCUCACCUGGGGCACCUCUUUGAUGAUGGACCCCGGCCAACAAGAAAGCGCUACUGCAUAAACUCCGCCUCCCUCAAUUUCCAAUCGAAAAACAGUGCCUCUGAGGGGGUGGGGCCAACCGAAGUUGCAGGCCAAUCAACAUCUAGUAAGAAUGAAGAUCUUUAAUGGGACUUGAAAAAGAUCAAUCAAGUUGCAGAUGUCAUACCUACACUCUUAGAAGAAAAGGUUCCAUAUAGAUCCCUAAAGGGUUCUAUCGCUCGCUUCAUAUUUGGAACCCCUAAAGGGUUCUUUGAGCCAAGUGGAAAGGUUCUAUAUCGAACCCUUUUUAAGGGUUCUAUCAAGGUGGAAAGGUUCUAUAUAGAACCUUUUAGGGGUUCCCAAAAUGAAACCGUAACAUUUGUUUUUUGUUUCUUAUAUAUAUAUAUAUAUAUAUAUAUAUAUAUAUAUAUAUAUAUAUAUAUAUAUAUAUAAUUAUUUUAUUUUUAUUACCAUAAGGUCAUUUAAUGGGUAUGCGAAUUGAAUAAUCCAAUAUACUUUAUCACUAAGAAAGUGAAAUAACCAUAUAAAAGACAUUUAAGUAUUAAGUAAAGCAUUUUUAAUUUUUUGUAUUUAUAACAACACAAGCAUUAAGUAACACAAUUCAUAAUACAAUAGUUAUGAAGAACUGACUUAAUAAAUCCACAGGUUUGUAAUAAUAAGUUAAAAGUUAAUUAGUAGGAAUAAUAUCAUUUUUAUAAAAAUCAUAAACAUUAAAUAAUAUAACAUUAAUUAUAAGUUAACAUUAUAAUCAUAAGUAAGAUUAAUAAACGUAAAAAACUAAGUAAAAAUAAAUAAAAACAAAUGACCUAUGAAAAGCUGUUAAACAAUUUUAGCACUGGGUAGAUACAGAAUAAUUUAGUUGCCACUGGUCUGACAAACUGCGUGAGGUCUUUUGGAUACAACAAAUUAAAAAAAACUUCUUCAGCCAUCUCCAUGUCAUCAGUUUGAUGCUGACUCUCUGUUCUGAGGGGUCUUGACACCAUAUGAAAUAUUAGGUUGAGGAUGAAUGUGCUGAUCCCAGUAAGUAUGUGAAACAUUUAAUAGACCUGCUGUUAGUACGCAGAGUAAUUAAAAACAGAAAGAAAUAUGUAUCUCUCUAAAUGACAUCUUAAAACUUACAUGAAUAGGAGUGUUGUGUUUUAUCUGUAUAAAGAUGGUCAAACUAGUAAUGCUGCACUCCAGAGCCACUGCAAACAGAAAUGAACCAUUAUUUAGUAUCAUAAAAACCUUGAUGCGAUACAAAAUAAUGGGAAAAGAUAUACCUUUUAUGACAUUGUUUAUGUCAUUGAUUUGAAGUCAAAUGUCCCCUUUUGACUUCCACUUGUCAUGGCACUGAUGAUGUUGAUGGCCAGAACUGCAGAAGUGCUCUGGGUUUGGUGAAGGUCUUUGCUAAAAACCCAUGUUCAAUUAAUAUGGCAUCUUCAGUAAAAAACAAAAAAACAAAACAUAAUUAUCAUAUUUUUGUACAUGACAAUAAAACUACAAACACCAAAUACUCACAAGUUGAGAAAUUGAAACUUUCCAUCACUUCCUCUCUUUGACUUUGGACAUUUGACAUAUUCACACUCUUUAUAUCAGUGCAGUUGGCUUAAUUCAGUGCUGUGAUGUGCUCCUGAAAACAUGUUUUGUUUUUUCCCAUGUUUUCUAGAUGAAAAGAAAAUUUAAUUAUGACAUAACCUGGUAUCAGCAUUACUAGUCAGUCCAGAAUGUAGUCAAGUUUGAAAUUACUAACCUCCUGGCGGAGACUAUCGCAGGCCUGGACGAAACAGUUUUGUCGACAUUUCUUCUUUGUGCUUGCUGAAAUAAAUGUGUAAGUCAUUAAUGACAAAGAGUUCUGUCAAACUAAAUAAAAAUAACAUAACAUUAAUCAACAAAUUAAUUUAUUUCUUACAGUUGUGCUCAAAAGUUUGUAUACCCUUGGAGAAUUGGUAAUAUAUGUACCAUUUUUAAAGAAAACAUGAGUGAGCAGGCAAAACACAUUUCUUUUAUUUCUUAUGGGAUUCAUAUUCAGCUGUAGGUUAUAACAGAAUGGCACAAUCAUAAAACAAAACAUGGCAACAAAGAAAAAAAUUAAAUUACCCCUGUUCAAAAGUCUGCAUACUCUUGGCUCUUAAUACUGUGUAUUGCCCCCUGAAACAUAAAUGACAGCGUGUAGUCUUUUGUAAUAGUUGUCUAUGAGGCCCCAAAUUCUUGCAGGUGGUAUAGCUGCCCAUUCGUCUUGGCAAAAUGCCUCCAGGUCAUGCAAAAUCUUUGGUCGUCUUGCAUGAACCGCACGAUUGAGAUCUCCCCAGAGUGGCUUGAUGAUAUUAAGGUCAGUCUGUGAUGGCCACUCCAGAACCUUCACCUUUUUCUGCUGUAACCACUGGAGGGUCAACUUGGCCUUGUGCUUAGGGUCAUUUGGAAAGUCCAAGAGCGUCCCAUGCGCAGAUUUCGUGCAGAAGAAUGCAAAUUGUCUGUCAGUAUUUUCUGAUAACAUGCUGCAUUCACCUUGCCAUCAAUUUUCACAAGAUUCCCCGUGCCUUUAGAGCUCACACACCCCCAAAACAUCAGUGAGCCACCAUCAUGCUUCACAGUGUUGAUGGUAUUCUUUUCACUAUAGGCCUUGUUGACCCCUCUCCAAACAUAGCGCUUAUGGUUGUGACCAUAAAGCUCAAUUUUGGUCUCGUCACUCCAAAUUACAGUGUGCCAGAAGCUGUGAGGUGUGUCAAGGUGUUGUCGGGCAUAUUGUAACCGGCUUUUUUGUGGCAUUGGCUUCUUUUUUGAAAUUUUUAUUCAAGUAUCGUCGUAUUUUGCUCCUUGAAACAACCACACCGUCUUUUUCCAGAGCAGCCUGUAUUUCUCCUGAGGUUACCUGUGGGUUUUUCUUUGUAUCCCGAACAAUUCUUCUGGCAGUUGUGGCUGAAAUCUUUCUUGGUCUACCUGACCUUGGCUUGGUAUCAAGAGAUCCCCGAAUUUUCCACUUCUUAGUAAGUGAUCGAACAGUACUGACUGGCAUUUUCAAGGCUUUGGAUAUCUUUUUAUAUCCUUUUCCAUCUUUAUAAAGUUCCAUUACCUUGUUAUGCAGGUGUUUUGACAGUUUUUUUUUUUCUGCUCCCCAUGGCUCAGUAUCUAGCCUGCUCAGUGCAUCCACAUAAGAGCUAACAAACUCAUUGACUAUUUAUACACAGACACUAAUUGCAAUUUAAAAAUCCACAGGUGUGGGAAAUUAACCUUUAAUUGCCAUUUAAACCUGUGUGUGUCAUCUUGUGUGUCUAACAAGGCCAAACAUUCAAGGGUAUGUAAACUUUUGAUCAGGGCCAUUUGGGUGAUUUUUGUUAUCAUUAUGAUUUAAAAAGGAGCCAAACAACUAUGUGAUAAUAAAUGGCUUCAUAAGAUCACUAUCCUUAAAUAAUGUUUUUUUUUUUUUGCAUGAUCAGUCAUAUUUUCAAAAUCAAUGCCACAAUUUCUGCCAGGGUAUGCAAACUUUUGAGCACAACUGUUCCAAGGUAAUGUCGCCCUCAAGCUUUCAGCUCAACUGACUUUCUGUGACUGUUAAAAUUUGAAAUAGGAUAUUCGCGCAUUUGAUCACUCGCGCGAGUUGCGCGUCUGCAAGUACGCGGCUUAAAUGCUCCUUUGCGCAAUGUAGAUAGGAGGGGAUAACAGUGCUACACGCUCAAGUUGUUUGCUGUUUAUGAUAAACACACUUUUUUGUGAAUUGAGUCAAGAAUAGGCUAGCAUAGACUAUAUAUUAAUACAACCUGUCAUCUGAAAGAGAAAGGAUAUUAGAUCUGAUCAUCUGUCAUUUAUCAUUUUGUAAUCAAAAAAGUUCUUUAUUUGUUUCUGCUGUAUGAAAUGCAAAUGCUAAAUUAAUGUAGUGAAGUGUUCAAAACUAUUUAUGAACAAAACUUUCAAUAAUGUAAUGUAUGCAUACAUACAUACAUACAUACAUACUCACAUUAAGCAAUUGUCAACCCAAAGGACCAUUUUGUGCAAAAAGGGUUCUUUUUUUCUGUAAAUCUUUGUAAAUAGAACCUUUUUAGCAUAAAGGGUUCUUUGGAGCUGAACAAAGAACCCUAGGGUUCUAUAUAGAACCCCAAAGAACCCUUUUUUUCUAAGAGUGUAGGCUACUCCAAAGUCACUCUGAACUUCCAAAUCAGGCCUGAUGUUUUUCAAGUGACCCAUGCAAAUAUAUUUUAAGCAACAUUUGUCCAAAUUAUACUGUAGGUCUUUGGGGAACAUGGUAUGCAAUGUCAGAUUAGAAUUGCCUUACGUUUGCUCCUCAACUUAAACGCUUAAACGGAUAGUUUACCAAAAAAUAAAAAUAAGACUUAAUUUAUUCUGUGGAACACAAAAGAAGAUAUUAAGGGGCGGUAACGCGGGCAACCGGAAACGCAAGCUCAUGCAAAGAACUUGCAUAUGAAACAUUUAAAAUGUUAACAUUUUAAAUGUAAUAUAAUUUGUGAUUUAUUAUUUAUUUACACCAGAAGCCAUCCCACGUGACAUCAUACCCUGGUCCGUUGCGUUGUCCGAAAAAAAGUUUGUGUGCUUAAAGCCUACUGUCACCGCCCCUUUAGGGAGAAUGACAGCCUCAGUCACUGUCAACUUUCAUUGUAUUGAAAAAAGAUGGAACAAAAGUGAAUGGUGACUGACACUAGCAUUCUGCCUAACUCAACUUUUGUGUACCAUUGAAGAAAGUCAUACGGGUUUGGAACAAGGUUGAGUAAAUUAUGACAGAGUUUUCAUUUUUGGGUGAAAAACCUGAAAAAAUAGAGUGAUCUAGAAACCUGAAAUUGCUCCCAAGAAAUUUGCUGUGCUAAACUGUUUUUGAACACUCAGUGGUUGUUUUCAUAAUGUUAAGACUCUUGACUGUAAUAUAUUUUCUGCUCAAAGAUAUAUUGAAAGCCCUGUGAUUGGAAACAAAUUAUAUAUGUAUACUUUUUCAGAGCACCAUGUUGUUUUUGAAGUGACAUGUGAUACAGGGAGGUCAUGAAGUCUGAAGAAAAUGCUAUGCAAGUGCUCCUGUGAGCAGUAAAAUAAGCACUGAGUGGAGAACAAAGCAUUCUUUGAAAUAAAAUGGAACACAUGACAAAUGUUUAGUCUGAACACAAAUGUAGCCUGACUUUUAAGGGUGCUUUUUUUGGUCUCCCUGCUUGCAGUGCCUAUUUUCCUUCUGAGUUGAGUAUUUUCUUGGAUAUUGAUUCACUUUGAUUGAUAGAAUUGUAUUGUUCUUUAUUCAUAUUGACCAGUGUGAAUAAAGAGAUAUUAUGUAUAA